AGAUAUCGUUGAGUGAAGAAGAAUUAUUGAAUUUCUGAAAAAUAAAUAAAAAAAUAUUAUUUAAAAUUUAAAUAAGAAAAGAAAAAAAUAUUUUUUUUUACAUAAAAUUGUUGAAAUAUAGAAGAGCACGAGCCUUCUCAUCAAAAAAUUCCAAAACAACCGUCAAAACGUCUCUUAUCAGCACAGCAACAAUUUGUGACAAAAUUCAAAAACUUUACGAUCUUUUGUAAAUCAAUUAUCUUCGCUGAAUCUAAUUUAUAUCUUAUAUUAAGAUAACCUCUUGAGUACAAAAUCUAACAAAAUGUGCGGAAUCUUUGGAAUAAUUUGCGAAAAUAGCGACAAAGUCAAUUACGACAACUUCCUUGAAACGGACGAAUCAAUGCGCGAAAUAGCGUAUCGUCGUUCAGGCGCCCAAAGACAUCGAGGUCCUGAUCAUACGGGAAUUUUUAUCUACAAGGAAAACGGAGUUGCUUUGCUUCAGGAGCGACUUGCUGUUAUGGGCGGCAAAAAAGGAGAUCAACCAUUUUUCAGCGAUGAUGGCGAAAUAAUUCUCGUCGCCAAUGGAGAAAUUUACAAUUAUCAUGCUGUGGCGGCGCAACUUGCCAUUACGAGAAAGGAAUAUACGCCACGUAAUGAUUGCGACGUAAUUUUAGGUCUUUAUGAGGAAUAUGGAAUGGAUUUGUUGAAAUAUUUGAGCGGCAUGUUCGCUUUUGUCAUUUACGAUCGGAAAAAGAAUUUCGUGAUGAUAGCACGAGAUCCGAUCGGAAUUAUUCCAUUUUAUCAAGGACGAGAUAAAGACGGAAAUUUAUGGGUUGCCAGCGAAAUGAAAUGUUUGGUUGAAUUUUGUCGAGAUGUCGCGAUAUUUCCUCCGGGUCACGUGAUGUUCGGAUCUCCGGGUAAAAUGACGGUCGAUCGUUAUUGGAAACCAACAUGGGAGAAAGAAGUCCCAACAACCAAUGUUGAUCUCAAUUUGUUACGAAGUAAACUCGAAUCAGCAGUUCGAACGCAUCUCGACUGUGAUGCUCCGUUUGCCGCUCUUUUAUCGGGAGGAGUCGAUUCGAGUUUAGUAGCUUCGAUUGCAACGAAACUCAUGCGUGAAAAAGACCCAAACUUUCGAUUGAAAACUUUCAGUGUUGGCUUGAAAGGAGCUCCUGACUUCAAAUACAGCAAAAUUGUCGCCGAUUUCAUUGGAAGUGAUCAUGAAGAAGUCUACUUUACCGUUGAAGAAGGUUUGGAUUGUAUACGGGAGUUAAUUUACAAACUCGAAACUUAUGACAUCACGACAGUUCGAUGCGGUAUCUUGAUGUACAUCCUAAUUCGCGUCAUCAAAGGCGAAGGAUACAAAAUGGUUCUUUCGGGCGAAGGAGCUGACGAGAUUUUCGGCGGAUAUUUGUAUUUCCAUUCAGCGCCAUCUGCCGAAGAAUUUCAUCAUGAAACUGUCGCGCGUGUCAAAAACUUGCAUCUUUCGGAUUGUCUUCGAGCGAAUAAAUGUUGCAUGGGAUGGGGUGUCGAGCCUCGUGUUCCCUUUCUCGAUACGGAAUUCUUUGAGCAUGCAAUGACGAUAAAGCCUGAAGAUCGAAUGCCCAUCGCUGGAACGAAACAAAGCAUUGAAAAGUACAUUUUGAGAGCCGCAUUUGCCGAUGGAUACUUGCCUGAUAGUGUUUUGUGGCGACAAAAGGAGCAAUUUUCCGAUGGCGUGGGUUAUAAUUGGAUUGAUUCGAUUAAAGAUUAUGCAGCUUCGAGAAUUACGGAUGAAGAGUUCGCAAAUGCUGAAGAAAAAUUCCCUUUUAAUACGCCAGCGACGAAAGAAGCUUAUUAUUAUCGGAAGAUUUUUACGCAGAUGUUCCCUCAUAAGUCGUGUGCGGAGACUGUCAUGAAAUGGGUUCCGAGACUGGAUUGGGGAUGUGCAGCAGAUCCAUCGGGAAGAGCUCAAAAGUUACAUUGUUCCAACGAAAGUUAAAUUUAAUGGAGAUUUAUUGAAUAAAAAUUUACUUGAAUUCACUGCCAAUUUAA